AUGCAAGUUCCAGUGGGCGGCGCUGUAGUUGCGCAGACGUCGCGCCUGCUUGCGAUUCCUGGAGAGAUCCGGAAUCGCAUCUACGAGUUGGCUAUUGAAGAUGCCAAUGCCUGGCAGGACGAAGACUUCGACCACAUUACGCAUUACUACCAGCGACAAAAUGCACUCCUGGACCAACGCAGGCGAAACGUCCCUCUUCUUCGCAAGACUUCCAGUGCCUCCCAGGACUGGUGCUCGCCCAAAAGACCCUAUCUUGGCCUCACUCAAGUCUGUCGACAGCUUCGAGCAGAGUUUCUGGGCCUGCACUCAAAUAUCCGGAUCUGUGUCGCUCUCGAGGCUACGGCGGAUUACUUGAACGAUGUUGUUGCUAUGCAGGCAAAUGAUCCAGAAUCAGCUGUGGGCUGCAUCGACGUUCGGAUCUCUUUCGUGUGGGAGUUGAGGGAGAUGGUCAAUAUCUCAGUCGAGCUGGAUGACGUCUACGGCUACCUCACCGACCGUGUACAUACAUACACAGAGCUGGAAUGGAUGUGGUGUUUGGUUGCUUAA